AUGGAUGCAAAUAUGAAUUAUGGUGUAAAAAAAUGGGAUCCUUUGCGUGUAAUUGAAGGAUGGACUAGUGAAAAUACUGAAAUUGAUAAGUUCAUCAAAGAUACAAUGUAUCUUACAAGACUUCAUGAGUAUCAAAGAUAUCUUGAAUAG